UGUGGAGGGUGCGAGGGGCCGGGUCGGCGGGGCGAGAUGGAGCCGCGGCUUGGGUUCCACGAACUGUUGCACGUUUUCUCCUUCCUGGAGGCCCGGGACCUGCUCUGUGCCGCGCAGGUGGACAAGGUCUGGAAUGAAGUUUCAAGGACCAACGAGCUGUGGAGGCAGCUGUGUCUGAGGCGCUGGUCCUCAUGCAAAGCCUCGCAGGUGACCCUGGGCACGCAGACGUGGAAACAGUACUAUCUCUGCCGGGCCGAGCUGGACUUCCGAGUGGAAUGUGGGCGGCCGGAGAGGGACUUCAUCUGCAAAGCCAUUGCUGGGCACAAAGGAGGCAUAGACGAGCUGGCCUACGUCUCAAACAGCGGGUGCCGGUUUGAUGGGCAGGAGAAGUCGGUGGUGUGCACCGUGUCCUCGGACAGCACUGUGCGUGCCUGGGAUGUGCAGGAGGGCGCAGAGAUCUGGUCAAGCCCUGUGCAGCCUGCCGCUCUGGUGAAUUUGGUGACCUUCCCUCGGCUGCAGCUUGUUGUCACCGUGGACAAGCUGGGCCUGAUCAAGGUGUGGAAGGCGGAGAACGGCAGGGAGUGGGCCUCCUUCUCCCUGCUUGCGCACUCGUCGGCCUUGCAGGCCUGUGACCGUCCAGAGGGCCCCUUCCUGCUGGUGGCCUCUGCCGAGGGCAUGCUGUAUGCGCUGACCGUGCCCCACCUGCAGCUGCUCUCCAGGACUGGGGUGUUUCCAGGCAGACCCACCAGCCUCCUCUGCUCUCCUGACUGCCAGUGGGUGUUUGCUUCGACCCAGGACUCCGACCUGGGCCCAAAGGUGUUCUGCACUCGCUCCCUGCUCGCUCUGGUGGAAGAGGAGCCUCCCGUCUCUACCACUCUGCCCAUAUGGCGGAUUUCCAGAGCCUGCUGGGCCCCUGACGAGACGGCCAGGCUGAUGGUGAUGCACAGAAACCAUGACAGUGGGCAGCUGGCCAUCACCACCUAUGAACUGGAGGCCAAACAGUCCCAGGAGGGAGUGGACAUUGUGGUACAACAGAUUGCAAGUUUCCUCCUGCCAGACACCAUGACGCCUCCUCACCUCAUGAAGGCCCGCGGCUCUCAGGUGAUCCUGCUGGUGUCGGGCUUGGAGCUGCUGCUCUUCACCAUCCAGGGCCUGCAGCUGGCAGCCUUCCAGGACCACCAGAAGCCCAUCUCGGCCCUGUGGGUGGACGAGAGUCGAGUCCUCACUGCUUCCUUAGACCUCUCCCUGCGAGUCUACGUGUGGAGCAAGGAGAAUCCGCUUCCUGUCCUGAAGAGCUGCUAUCACCUGCUCGGCGGCUCCCACAGAUGGGCCAGUGGAUUCACCCACGUGGAAAGCGACAGUGUGAGCAUUGUAGGUGUGGAAGCCAGAAACAUCGGGACGAGCAUUCUGAGGUCAUACUGCUUCAACAUCCAGCAUGGCUCAGAUGAUUGUGUCAAUUGAAGAUAAUCUCACUCUGGUGAAAAGCUUGUCUGCAUACAAACUGAUUAUUUUAUCAACAUUGGAAAAGGAAGGAGUGAUUCUCAUAGGCCCCUUAUGGGCCAGUCACUGUGCUAUGUGACUUUUUUUUUUUUUAAUCCUCACAACAGGCCUUUGAAGGAUAUAUGAUGUUUCUAUUUUUCCAGCUGGGAGCCUGACCAAUAACAGAGUCACCCAUUACUGGCCUGUUGUCUGGCUGCAUUGCCACCUGCCCAAGCUUAUUCAGACCAGUAAGUGGGAGAGAGGAGUGGAUGCAAGGAGGCCCACGUUCAAGGUGCUGGGCUUGUAUCCUCAUUGUUUUGUUAUUCAGAUAUGUAAUAAAGUAAGAAAUAUUUUUUUCCCCUAUUCUGUCACGUGCU